AUGGAGCCUCACGGCCCUCGGGAAUCCCCGGGGGGACCUUGGGAGGGUUCUUCCUUGCCCGGAGCGUGGCCUUCCUCCGCCCUCGGGCAGGCCUUCUCCCAGAUCUUGCACCAGUUUGCCGGCCAGGAAUCCCGACGGGGCAAGGCCAGAAAUGCAGCUCUUGAGGACCUCGCUGCUCUGCUCGAAGCUAAAGAAUGUGAUCGGUUAUUUGAGGGGAGUGACGCCUCGCUCCGCGGAAUGCCCGAGAUGCUGGGGCAGGUGGUAAAAGCCCUGGAGAAAUAUGCAGCCCCUGCCGAGGAGCCGGAAGGGAGAGGUGACCGCCACUCCGAAGUGGCGGAGAAAGCGGCGGCAGUUGCGUUCCUGUUUCUAAAGCUCUUGAGGAAGGUCGAGGCCGCCAAGAAUUCCUUGGUUUGCCCUGCAUGGAAGACAAGCCUCCGUCCCUUGGCAGGACCCAUCUAUGUUUUUGCGGUCACACACAGCUUGGAGCAACCGUGGACCAGCCAAAGAUCUCAAGAGGUCGCUGGACAGGUGCUCGCUUUAUUGCUUCAGGUCACUGAUUGUGGUUCUGUGGCUGGAUUCCUCCACGGAGAAAAUGAAGACGAGAAAGGGAGAUUUAGUGCGAUCAUGGGGUUUCUCAAACCCGAUUUGAAUAAGGACUCCUGGAAGAAUAACCCGGCCACCAAAUACGUUUUCUCAUGGACUUUGCAAAAGGUCACUCGACCCUGGCUGAGCCAACAUCUGGAGAGAAUACUUCCUCCAUCAUUGCUCAUCUCAGAUGACUAUCAGACUGAAAACAAAAUCCUGGGUGUCCACUGCCUCCAUCACAUUGUGCUUAAUGUGCCAGCUGCGGACUUGCUGCAGUACAACAGGGCCCAGGUCGUCUACCAUGCCCUUUUCAGCCACCUGCACACACGGGAGCACCUCCUCAUUCAGGCUGUGCUCCUGUGUCUGCUGGAUUUAUUCCCCGUCCUAGAGAAAGCCCUACACUGGAAGGGAGAUGGGGCCCGACCCACCACACACUGUGACGAGGUCCUGCAGCUGAUCCUGACGCACAUGGAGCCCGAGCACCGCCUUCUCUUACGCAGGACUUACGCGAGAACCCUGCCAGCUUUUGUGAAGAGGUUGGGGAUCUUAACUGUCCGACACUUGAAAAGGCUGGAGCGAGUCAUCAUUGGUUACUUGGAGGUAUAUGAUGGACCCGAGGAAGAGGCCAGAUUGAAGAUACUGGAAACCCUGAAACUUCUCCUGCAGUAUGCUUGGCCCAGAGUCUCCUGUAGACUUGUGGUCUUACUGAAGGCCCUCUUGAAACUGAUCUGUGACGUAGCAAGGGAUUCAAGCCUCACACCCGAGUGUGUUAAGAGCGCCUUGUUAGAAGAGGCCACGGACUGCCUGAUUCUCCUGGACCACUGCUCUUCAGGACGGGUAAAGGGUCUCCUGGCUAAAAUCCUCCACAGUUGUGAAGACAGUCAGGUGGGGAGCUGCAUCCGAAGAGUGCAACAGCUUUCUGAAGGUGCUCCCUGCGAUGCAACUUAA